AUUGUUAGAUGUAUCGAAAAAACCACCGAUAUUUUCGAUGCAUCGACGUUUUUUCGACAUCCCUACUUCACCUCUAAUUCCUACAAGUAACUGCAAUGUAUUCAGUGAAAUUGGUACUGUAUUUGCUUUUAGAUUUAAUUUGCAGUGGUUGUGCUUUCAGGCCACUAGUAAUAAUGCAUGGCAUUUUAUCAGGAGCUGAAAAAAUGGUGUUUUUGGUACAGGAAAUCGAAAAGAUCGAAGACAUCAUGGCAGCACGGAAGGCAUGCCCCCUGGCUCCCACGGCAGAUACAGACAACUGCCUACAAUGCCGGCUCUGCCACCGGUACCACGCAUUGCGGACGUGCCCGGCCUUCAAGGCGAUGAAGCCGCCGCAACGGUUGGGAGUAGCCCGCGCGCAGGGCUACUGCGUCAACUGCCUUGCGCUCACCCACACUACCGGGGAAUGCGACUCGCCGGGUAGUUGCAAGACCUGCGGGCUAGCGCACCAUGUAGCAGCCAACACCCAUCGCGCACGGGGCCAAGGGAACAGGGUCCAAGAAGAGGAAACCGGCCACAAAGGCCCCAAGGAGCGUCAAGCGGCGCGCACCGCCGAAGAAAAAGGCGCUGAAGAAGGCGCAGAAGAACCCGCGCAACCAUGCGCCGCAACCGCCGCGCAAGAAGACCGCCCAACGGACGAUCGCGCGCACUCCCCAAGGCCUACAAACGGCCAAUUUCCAGGGCCGCACCACCCACCGCGUCCUUGGCAACACGAUCCGCGCCCUGAAAGAGCUGCAGGAGACGCUCAGCAACGCAUUCCUGCAGGGCCGCCGCUUAAACUUAAUACAUGGUAAGCCGGGGUGUAUCAAUUUUGAGUAAAUUAGCGUUCUUUAAUUUCGAAAUAUUGAAGU